GAAGCAGGAGGACCAACCACCACAGAAGAAGACGAAGUUGCAGAAGCUCCGACAGACGCGAAAUGGCCUUGAGAGCUUGUUUAAGAGGAAGGAGCGGCUUCUCAGGUGUUCUCUCCCAGCUGUCCUCCUGCAGCAGUCAUGGCAGAGUUCAUGUGUCUCCCGUCGUCAUCGCUCAGCGGAGGAAUAACUCCACCUCACCCAGGCUCCAAGUGGAUUUGGACCAAGGCACAGGUGUGGCGGUGAUGCGGCUGCAGAAUCCUCCGGUCAACAGCCUCAGCUUAGAGUUCAUCACAGACAUCUGCAUCAAUGUGGAGAAGCUGGAGAUGGACAAGAGCUGCAGAGGCCUCAUCAUCACUUCGAACCAGCCCAAGGUGUUCUCGGCCGGUCUGGAUAUCUUAGAGAUGUACGGGAAGAGUCCGGAACGAUGCGGAGAGUUCUGGAGAGCCGUACAGGAGAUGUGGCUGAAAGUCUACAGCUCCAACAUGGCCGUCAUAGCAGCAAUCAAUGGUUCCAGCCCUGCAGGCGGCUGUCUGCUCUCCAUGACGUGCGACUACCGGAUAAUGGCAGAUAACCCUCGUUACAGCAUCGGUCUAAAUGAGACGCAGCUCGGCAUUGUAGCACCGUUUUGGUUUAAGGACACUAUGGUGAACACAGUGGGCUUCCGGACCACAGAGGUAGCCCUGCAGUUGGGGUUGCUCUACAACCCCUCAGACGCCCUCAAGAUAGGACUGGUGGACCAGCUGGUACCCGAAGACCAGGUCCUCGCCACAGCCACGAAGACCAUGACCAAGUGGUUUGCUAUUCCAGAUCACGCCAGACAGAUCACCAAGUCCAUGAUGAGGAAGCCGACCAUCGACAAGAUGACGUCCAACAGAGAGGCGGACAUCAAAAACUUUGUCAGCUUCAUCACCAAAGACUCCAUUCAGAAGUCGCUGCGCAUGUAUCUGGAGAUGCUUAAGAAGAGAAAGGCCUAGAUCAGAGAGGGAAACGCGCACAUUAGAAGGACUUUGUGACACUAGUUGAAAGUUUUCGGCGAAUUAAUCACAGCUCCUCUUUAUAACCGUGUUUAACAAGCAAAGAAUCAUAACACAGGGGGAUCCUCUGACGCCAAGCAGUGACCGAAGCCAGUAAAUAAUAAUAAAUAAAUGUAUUAAAGCAAUUACAGUUUAGUGUGAAACAAUCUGCCUAUUUUAAUGUAAUGACUGUCGCUAAGCCUCACCCUGCUGAGCUUCCCUAAGCAGUUUACAGCUAUCUCUUUAUUACUGAGCCUACACACUUCCUUUUCACAUGAUUUAUCUUUGGAGGAGUUGACAAGCAAACAUGAGCAGGACAGUAGAUUUAAUCAGCAUUAAUAACAGUCAUUACUAGGAGCUGUUAGCUAGCACGGUUAGCUAACAGCUGCUUUAUAUUUAGACUGUGAUGUUUGUAUUUUCCAGACUGGUUUCUUCAGUUCUGCAAAAUUAAAGAUGUGAAGUGUAGAGUCCCUCACAACAACAACAAAAAAAAAAAAGAGCAGGACACAGAUGCUAACGUAAAUUCUAACGUAGUGGUAGCGUGUUGUCAUUAGCCUCGAGCUAAUGUAGUCAGCUGUUCAAAUGCCGCUUACCUUUAAAAACUCAAAGGUACGGGGCAUUUGGUUUUGCAGAUCAGGUUUGAUGGAUUAUUCCUUUGCUCCACCUAUCCACCCAGAUCCACAAUAUUCUACUUGGUAGUUAUUGUAUAAUCCUGCUCACAAACAAACCGCUACAAACAUGCCUUGGUGGAGGAUUUACUGCGGUUUACAGCUAAGCUAAUUAGCUCCAAAGGCUAACAUCAGAAAAACAGACUAAUGCUGUUUAAGCCCAUUUCUCAGGCUUUUGUUUUGUCUUCUUGGAGAGUCUUUUAAAGUCCAUCUGAGCUCUUUAAAGUACCUCUAGCUACAGCUCCAUGCGUAUUAUUGCGGCGCAUGGAGAAACCUGAAGUGCCGUGUCUAGUUGCUAAGCUAUGAUUGGACCGUUGCUGUUUGGGGGCGGGGCUUAGCGAACAGUUGUUUAAAAGACGACUUUAGCGUAACGAGCGCCUGCUCUUAUUGUGAUUGCAGGAAACCGUGAUGGUAACCUUUUGGUGCUUCUGAACAGCCCACAGUGGCAAAGCCUUCGAUCACCUUCAUCUGUAUUGUUCUGUGUUCUUUUUACUGUGACAUUUCUGGGAUCAGUGGGUUGAUUCGUUGAGUCUGUGGAUUAAAUGGUGUGAAUAAAGCAGCCUGUUUUCA